CUGAUUGUACAGAUGUUCCGUCCGGUCAUGGCAAGCUUGGGGCAAGCUGGGCACGCCGAUGUGGCCCUCUCUGGCAGUUUCUCUUAUUGCACUGCAGCUGAACCAUCUUCAAAGUCAAGAUGCAAGCGGGAUUCGAGAGGUCUACUUGGAGCAGAGCAUCGGAGUUUCCAUUCCUCUUUUUUUGGCGUGCUUCUCGGGUGACCUAUUCCCUGGCCUUGCCCAGAGAUACAGAGCUUGUGGCAGUUCGUCUAGAUGCAACACAGGAGACUGGCUCAAUAGAGCCCUUCGCUUUGCACGUGCCUGACAAAGGGCUGAGCACGACAUUGACCCCCGGAGUGCCUUCACACUACGUGGAAGUUCCAAUGGGUCAGCCAAUUCAGCUGAGGCUGGACAUACGGCAGCUGAGCUAUGAGCAACGCACUUAAUGGGUUGGAACCGUCGGGUUGAUUGAAAUGAUGUCAAUGAAGACCGCCUGCCAAUGCGCGGCUAGGCGGCUAGAGCCUGCAUAGAGCUUGCUUGACACCUCGAUGCAAAAGCUCCUGGUAGCGUCCUUGCUCCUAGUAGUACGGCCAGGAGCCCCUAGUAGCGUUCUUGCUCCUAGUAGCGAUGCCCUUUGCUUCUAGUAGCGUCAUCGAUACUAGGAGUUUUGUUGGAUCGGUGUGAUUGGAGUGCUGCCUUUACGGCCUUUAUCAUCAUGUCAUUUCUACGACAAAUGUAUUCACAUAUUGGUCACAGAUUGGCAUACAAAGGUCGAGGUCUUCCUUUUCCAUGCCCUCUUCAUUUUUGUCGACGCAAACUUGAAAAACAAAAAACACAAAAACACUUGAAAUCAUCCAAAACCAGUCUAUUUAUGAUACUCAAUGCGUCAAAACAAUCAUGCCGGUCACUGCUCACCUGCUAAGGAUCUCACUGGUUCGUUCCAGGAUCGGCUUCUAUGGACAGGGAAUUUGGCCGGAUCCAGCACAGCUUUAUCCGCCGGAAGGAACUUUAGCAGGCUUGAACCUUUGGGAUAGCAUGGGCACCCCCGCUAUCAUGGUCUGGUUCAUGCCGCGCGUCUCAAUGUACUUUGCGUCUCUUCGGGAGGAAGCACAUGGCGUCAGGUUGGCAGCAAGCCCGAAUGAUCCUGAUGCAUUGGUGGAGUGGCGCAUCAAUGCCGAGACCUGGCAACCUUUAGUGCCGGGCAGGACAUCAGAAGUUGGGGAGGUGGCUCCUUACGGUUGGACUCUGUUGGAGGUACGUGUCUCAUCAUCUUUGGUCAAGACCUUGUCACCGCUACUCUAUGAGGUUGUCUUAGCUCGUGGAAGUGUUUGCCAUCCCACCUGCGCAUCAUGUUGGGGACCGUCGAAGACGCAAUGUGAGUCUUGCAAUGCACCGUUGGUACUCGUGGACAGCAAAUGCCUGUACACAUCGUGUUCAUCUUCAAGCUUGUACUUUAACCAGAGCAUGGAGAGCUGCCAACCCUGUGACUCAAGUUGCUUGGAAUGUGCAGAUGGCAGUCCAAAGGGAUGCCUCCGAUGUCCGCCAUCUCGCUAUUUGAGACCUGCAUCGUCCGUUGCAGUUGUGGGCUCAUGCGAGCAGUCUUGCCUUGCUGGCUUCUUCGUUCAACCCUCCAGCCAACGUUGUCAGAUGGCGCCUGCUGAUGUCCAGGUAGAGCGCUUCUACCUUCGGCUGACCUUGCGAAUCUCUGUGGAGGACUUCUUGGCCAAUGCUGGCACGCUCAAAGAAGUCUUGAGGAAAUCCGCAGAGACCUUGGCCGUGUCUUCUGAGGAUGUACGCUUCCACAGAUGGGACUCGGCCAAAGAAGGUCUCGGCGUCUUCUUUUUCCUUGAGGUGGAGAAUCCCUUCGUGCAGCACCAGAAGUCUGAAGAGUGGUUUAGCAUCGACGACUGGUUCUCAUCCCUGCCAGUCCCAGUGGAUGAGAUUCGCAUCAUGACUCAGAAUCAGCUUUAUCCACCUGGUGCACCAGAUCUUCAAGCACCCUUCUUGGAUGCAUGGACGUGGGGAUUCAUUGGUGCCGGUGCUGCAUCCCUUCUGCUUAUCUACCCGCUGUACAGCUUCUAUUUCGUCAGGAAGUACCGCCAGCAAUAUCCAUACCAAUCUGGUGAAGGCCAAGAAUUGUUUGUUGACGAAAUCUUGGACCGGAGUGAUCACGCUGUGCUCACAGCGAUGUCGCAAGCUGGGAAUCUGAAGGUAGCUGCUGGUGACGAUGGAUGAGAGCAAGAUAGAUACAGUGGUUUCAGAGUAGAUGGCACAGUCCC